AUUGUUAGUGGAAAACAACUAUUGUCUAGCUGUCAAAUGUUCCAAGAAACAAGUAUUUUACAUCCUGGACGGAUAGUAUUUAAGCAGCAACGCUUCGUCCACAUCAACAUUGUAAGACGACUGCAAAAGAAAUCAACAAUGGGCCAAUUACUGAUUGUUCUGAUUAAUGCUUUAUUCCUUUCCGUUGUCACGGCCAAUAUGGAUAUGAAAUUUGGGUAUGACGUUAUUGAAGGAAAUGCCAGAUAUUCGGAAAACAUAGAAACAAAUCUAGAAAAGAAUGUAGUAAAAAUUCACACCCCUGCACACAAUGAUGUUAUGGAAUCGUACCAAAUUCAAGAUUUCAGUCAGGGUCAGCAGAUGAAAUGUCUCCCUUCCUUGAAGCAAUGCAGACUGCGGGACAUAGAAGGAGAAACCGAAGGAGAUGCUGGUCAAGUUACUGAGGGGUUUAUCCACAGCUGGAACAAAGGCGAUAAAACUAUAAAUAGUACAAACGAAGUGGUCGUCACGGAAAUGUAUUAUGCCGAUUUCGAUGAAAUCAUUGACUACAAUUCUCUUGGGCAGUCUUUGAAAGAGUUUUACCAGGAUUUUAAAUACCCUCUUUACAAGGAAAUAAAGGUUCCAAAAGAUGCUGAAGUAUUUAAUAUGACUAGUUCUUUAGGAAGUCGAACCAAAAGGAAAAUCAAUUGGCUUAGUAACGGAUGUAGAGGCCAAGGGAUAAAGACAGUUUAUGGUAUUGAUUCAGGAAGAACCUGCAAUCAUUUAAAAUUGUGCGAAAGCCGAGGAAUACUUAAUGGAGUGAAUGUAUUUACAGAUUGUGACAAUGUCCACAUUACUUCACCGACGGUGUAUCGAUGCAUAUGUUGUCCUUGGGUUACACCAACUACCGGUGAUUGUAAUUGUGUUACUAUGUCGAGAUGAUUGAACAUAUGAUAGUAAAACUCUAUCAAUAGCAUGAACAUCAUAUUCUAAUCCGAAUAAAAUGAUAGGGCAACUGA